UUCCGAUCUGGUGUGCCAUUUUUUAUUUUAUUUUCUUCGAACGAGGAGGUGUACUCCUGCGGAUUGAUGCUUUAAAUGGCUAACAGUAACGCUGUGUCGUCGACAUUGCCGUCGAGGGACUAUCAUUGUAAGGUUUGUGACCUUUAUUUAGACACUGUUGAUUCAUUGGAGGUACAUUUACAAUACCACAAAGAGAAUUUGUAUGUGAAAUGGGGAACGCAGAAUUCACAAAAUGAUUCUGAAAACAACAACGGAACAAAAAUAAAAAGUGAAACAACUGUGUCGGCUCCGGCCGAUUCAAGUGACAAUAUGAUAACGAAACCCAGUCCAGAAUUUCAACAGCGUGGUACACCGGAGACGUCCACCCAGUUUCCGCACCCAGCAACACCGCAGAGUUACCACAGCGCACCGUCGCCAUACCAGAAUCCAGAUCAGACCAACUUCUCACCUGGACCACAAUAUGGUAAUAAUUAUUCUCAUUCUGGCUUUUCACAAAAUCAACAUUCAGAGCAAAUUAACUGGGAUCAACCACAGUAUAAUCAAGAAUAUCACAAGUCAAACCGCUUUCAUCCGUAUAACAUGCAAGAUCGCGUGUCGCAAGUAUCUUCAUCAAGUCCACUGUAUGGGCAACCCUUAAACCAACCGACGCCCUCUCCAUCACCUAAUCAAUGUGACAAAUGUGGCUUCGUGUGUGACUCCGCUGUUCAGCUCAAUGAGCACUGCAACACAGCGCAUGCUAGUUCCAGUGCAACAACUACAUCCAUGCCGUUUCAACCAUUUCCUGGGAAACAAUACAACAACACAGGUUAUCAUAGCGAAAAUAUUAAGAUCAAAGAAGAACACGAAGAAUCAUCCGAUAUUUUAGAUUUAGACUCGCAAAAGGUUGUGUAUCAAGGAAAUGAAGGGGAACAACCUACUAAUCAAUACGAGGAGGCUCCAGCACAAGGAAGAGAGGUCAACACACGUACAGUUCCAAUGAUGCCGUGGGAAACACAAAAACUUUACAGUAAUCCUCAAAUCAACGGUGAGGUUUCAUUGUUUAAAGAUCAGAAAAUGUUUCAAGAACAAAAGCCAUAUCCGUCAGAUAACAAAAUAUUUCAUCCCGAACAAAAGUUUGCGUAUAAACAAGAAUUCUUACCUGUACACCAUGAUCAAAAGCAAUUCAUGCACGUUGAACAAAAAAUAUAUCCAGGUGUGCAAAUGCCACCAAUCAGUGAUUAUACGGGGCCUGUCGCGUCUGCCAAUUCUGACAUGAAGCCACCAUAUCGCCCUUAUGACUCACCAAAUGCAGCACAAAUAUCAAGUACCCAAUCUGCAAACUCCACAUCAUCAGCGUUACCAUCCAUUGGAGGCAAAGGCGCAAAUUGGAAGUCAAAUGAAGCCCGAAGACCCAAAACAUAUAAUUGCACAGCAUGCAAUAAAUGGUUUACAAGUUCUGGUCAUUUAAAAAGGCAUUACAAUACAACAUUACACAAAAAUGCCGUGAGAUCAUCUGGCCAACCCGAUCCCGCGACGAUGCCAAUAUCAAGUCAUCAUCAUCCAAGUCGAGAAACUUUACAAGCUCGUGCUGCCGCUCAGCAGCAGAGUGCCGACUCCAACACGCAGAGUCCGGUCCCGUCGGAGGAUGGCCGGAGCAUCGACGACGGUGCCUUGCAGUCGCCCUAUGCAUCACAAAGUUUCGAGCGUUCUCAUCGAGUCGUCGCCAUGCAGUCAAAAUCACCAUAUACGCAUCUACAACAGGGUAACUUAGAUAAUAAUUUCAGUAAUAAUCCUUUAGCUAAUCAUCCUUUACAGCAUCCAGUUGGUUCACAUCCGUUAAAUAUAGGUAGUCAGCCUCCGGGGAUAGGUCUCCCAGGCGAAGGUAUAGGUUCAAAGGGUUCAGCAAUUUCUUCUAGUGCGAAUCCCCCAAACGGGGAAGCAGGUCCCUCUGUUUCACAAAAUCACCAUAUGAGGGGCCUGCUAUCAGUAUCAACCAGCAAUAUUUCAACGCCAGCCCUAACCCAGAGUACACCAACCCUUACGGCACACACACUACCGCCGUUCAGUCAUUUGGGUGUCAACCCAUACAGUCCGAGGUCUACGGAACCUUUGGGGCCUUCGGUACCGGACCCCACGCACACCCCAUUAUAUUUGGGUCAGAAUUUUCAGCAGACUAUAGCACCGAGUUACCCAAACGGGAUGGCCCCCCACGUUAUGGAUAUGGCUAUCAACAAUCUGCCUAUAGCCAGUCCGGCUACUUUUGGUGAAUCCGUACCAGAAGAUGCCGAAGUGAUGAAACAAGAAACGCCAAACCAGUCUGUCCGAGGACGCUUACCGAGCUUCUCGCAGUUGCAGACACAGAGCUUCAGCGUAUAUGUUUCUAAUUAUAUCACAUCACCUAACGUGGGGGGUCAAAUCAUUGGCGACGAGUCCGCCGCCGGUUAUAUUAUUGUCGACCCUGUAAACUCACCAGUGCAAUACAACAGCAUUGAUAUAAACGGACAUAACAUUGACUACGAAUAUAGCUUUUCACCUAAAGUUGAGAAAGAUAGCUUAUCUAGUUUUGACACGGAUAAUAUUAAAGUUUACCCCUACGGCUACGCCGUCGGUGGUAAAACAAUUAAAAGAGAGGAUGACGUCAUGCGAAGCGACUUAAGUGAACUGCAAAUUUUAAAAAUAGAAGAUAUAAUGGAUUAUGCUAAUAAAGAAAAUUAUGGGGCACAAAUGAAAUCUCCUGCUAGUCCCGAGAGCGCCAAAGCGGAAAACGAGAGUCACGGGUCACCGUCUAUCACGUCCACGGUACCAAGUACUCCACUCACUGAAAGGAACCAACUUAAGAAAAGCCCUGCUGUCACAGUGCAUAAGUGUUUUGAAUGCGAUAAAUUAUUUAACAAAGCCUGCUAUCUAACACAACACAAUAAAACGUUUCACUCGGGGGCUAAGCCCUUUAAGUGCGAAUUAUGUGGUAAGCGCUUUUCAGAUAACGUUUCUUGUGAGGGUCACUUUAUAAAGCACGCCGACAAUAAGCCAUUUAAAUGCAAUGAAUGUCCGAAAUCGUUUAACCACAAAACAGAUUUGCGUCGGCACAUGUGCUUGCACUCGGGCAGUAAACCAUUCGCUUGUGAUCACUGUGGCAAGGGCUUCAUAAGGAAGGACCACAUGAUUAAACAUUUCGAAACACACAUGAAAAAGAAUUUGCGUUCAUCAUCAUCAUCCGUGGUGUCCUCAACGUCAUCAUCUUCUGCCUGAAUAUUUAUUUAUUGAAUUAUUAGUAACAUGUCGUAUCGUGCACACAUAUCAUAUUAGAUGGCAAUAUCGAGUGAAACAUUCUCUUUAAAUUCAUAUUAAACGUAUCUAAACUUAGUAGCCUGGGCGGCAAGGUUUGUUAUAGAUCUGUUAUGUCCUUAAAGAGCUGAUUUCAACGCACGCGCUUGCUCCGCCAGUUUGUUUUUUGUUGUUCAUUCAAUGUAACCUUGCGUUCGAUACAAGGUGACUUUAUAUGUCUGGUGGCCUGGGUGUCUGCCCGCUGAACGUAUAAUUACAUGACGUUAGAGUAAUAUUUCGCGAUACAUUUCGACCGAUCCAUAUCAUUUUUACAUAUUAUCAAAAGUUAUAUAGUAAUAAUUAGUUAAGUAUAAUCGACACCAGUCUUAUUGAAAUGGUAGGUCAAUCCAGUGACUGACGUAUUUUUUAAUGUUAAUUACGUAUUAUUCAUUCAUUUUAAUUUUUAAGUUUUUAAUUAAUGUAUGACUGUUGAUGUUAAUGAGAAUUUGUGUAUCUGAUUAUUACUUAUUUUUGUAAAUACAUUAUUUUUAUGACCUAGUUUGGGACAAGAAUGCCAGAAUUUAGUUAACUGUAGGCCACUAUGACUUUAUGAUAAGCUACGAACAUAAUAUUUGACAAAUACUUCAAUGUGACGGACGAGCCAUACCGUAAUAGAUAAAUAUCUUUAAUUCUAAAAAGGAAGAUACUGUGGUAGCUUAUGGUAAGCACUAAUACUGCGCUUUUCGUGGUAGUAGUUCGUUUGUGGUAGCAGAUAUGGCUGUAACCGAACCGAAAUGACGAGUUGAAGUAAAUUAUAUUGAUAUUGUGGUCUAUUUGUUGUGUUACAAAUAAAAGUAAAUUGAACCGCGUCAUAAACGUCACUGUUAGUAUCGUCGAAUAUUUCUUUGCCAUUAAUUAUAUAAACUUAUUAACUAGUAAUUAUUUUCCAUAGUAAUAAUUGUAUUAUUCGUUGUUUUACCGGUGCUUCCUAUUUUAUUUGUUGAAAUUUGUUUUAAUAUUAGGCUAGUAAACUUUGAAAAUUCUGUUCUUCACAGAAAUGGAAUAAGUAUUUAUGCCACUAUUGAGUUACCAAUGUUAUUGAACGAAUUUAGUUUAUACAUUCCUGUUUCGUUAGUUCUAGGAAAGUUAGUCUUCCUGAAUGUUGCCAAAUUAUAUCCGCCAACUAACUGUUGCGAAGCGAUGUAACCUUAAUGUUUUAACCUUUAGCCUAAUAAUAAUGAAAUUCUCUAGCAAUAAUUUAAUAUAAUAUUGUAAAUGUUUUUCUUUGUAUAGUAAUUAUUCGGCUAUUAAUGACGUAUAUGAAACUUAUGGGUCGUGAUGGAAACAAAUCAAUUUUUGUAUAUAUGCGAUAAUACAAAAUAUAUAGAACAUAUCAAAGUUUUUAAACUCAUGAACAGUUUCAAAAUAUUUAACUUUAUCAAUUCAAAGAGCUUGUAUUCAAUAGUUUUGCUGCAAUGUUUCUAUAAUUAUCUGUCUUUCGUAUUCUCUUUGUUCACAAGUUUUUUGAGUUUGAUAUGAAGUAACUUCGUAAAAUAUUUAUAAAAUAAUCUUUUGAACCUGCGCACGAGUCAGUUAAUACUUAUUUACUAAUACCGAAUACUUGUUUAUGAGUCAAUAAGUCAGAAGAAUAAGUACGACUCCAUUUUUAAUGUUUGUAUUUAAUGUUACUUAUAUUACAUAAAUAUUUUUAUACAAUGGCAAUUAUCUACCUCAUCACCUACUUUAACAUAUAUAUCUAUACAUAUAUAAUAUACCAGCAAUGAUAUAAAAUCAUAAAUGAACUUUUAUUUGACUCGAAUAAUGAAAUGAUAAUAUUAUAUUUAUUCGAUUGAUAGAAAUAUAUUAAUAUUAUGGAUAGUUUGUCAGUCAAAAUUUAUACAACCUUCCUUGGAAUAUUAAUUUUAAGACAUAUUAAUAACAGACUAUCGAAAUUGAAGUACAAAAAUAUUGUGUAUUAUCGGACAAAUAACUUAUAUAUUAUUUACUAAUAUUAAAGUUAUGCAUAAAAUAGCUAUAAUUUUAAUAUCCGCUUGAUUGGGACAAAUAUUUUCUAUUUUGAAAAUAUAUGGAAUAAUACUGCUCAUAACAAUAUUAAAUAAUAAAUUAAAGAAAAUAUUUAAAACUCGACUACCUCAAAAGAAUCAAUAGGUUUAGUGAUGGAUGGGUCCCGUACACGCCUUUGGGACGCAAAUAGCUAACUAAAUACCUCGACUUGCCUUCCUUGUCAUAGUUUAACAUAAAUUUAUAUUGUUUAUUUACAAGUGUGAAAACAAAAGGCGUGCGACGGGACUCGAUCUUGUAUUUUAAGGCAAAUAUUGUCUCCACAUACUAUUCAAAUGUCACUUGUAGUGUAGUACCUAUCUAGUACAUAAAUUGUUGUAAAUAUUAAAUCUACGAUAAAUUUUGUUAUUUAUCAUAUUCAAUUAUUAUAUUCAUCGAUAGACUUAUCUCGAUAUAAGUUGAUGUAGCGAUUACAUUUCAUAGUUCGUUAAGAUUAAAACACAGUGAAAAGUGAUUAUUUUUUUGUAUAAAUAUAAUGAUUUAUUUUAAUUAUCAGUUACCAAUGGUUUUAUGUUAAACAGUUGAGUAAAAUCGGAACAUUUAAAGAUGUUGUUUUUUUUCCAAAAAUUCCCUUCCAGAUGUUAGCAAUCGGCAAAGAGGGGAAAUAAUAUUUUUUUGUUUAUUAUUAAUUAGCUAAAUGCGAAAUUUCAGUUACUGAACGAAGACACGUGGUUUUUGUGAGCAAAACAUGACUAAAGUAAUAAAUGACUACUAUGUUCAAAUCACACGGACUUCGUUUAGGAUUAGUACUAGAUUUCUAAUAGAUUUAUUUUAGAUUUAAGUGACAGGUUUGUAUAAUAAUGGUAGCGAAUGUAAUAUGCAUAGCGUUGAUGUGUCUGUAUUGUGAACAAUAUCUGACCGGCUUAUGUUAAUUAAUGAUCACAAUAAUUUAUCUAAUAGCUGUUGUUCAUGUCACAGACAUAUCAAAUAUAUUUGCUCAGCGAUUUCUUGACCCAACCUUUCGUGAAUGCCAAUAUUUUUAUCAUUGUUUAAUGAGUUGUAAAAUAUUGACAUUGUAUUUCACGAUAAAUAUUGCAACAAUACCUGGUACAGUUACAUUUAUAAUAUGAUCUGUCAUUUAAUAUAAAUUUAAUGUGGAUUUAA